AUGGCAUCCCCAACGCGCGAAACCAGUCCUUCAUUCAUCCAGCAACGCGACAUGUUAUUCACUCAGCUCAACGAGCAAAGCGUCAUUCUCAAAAAAUCCCCAGAACAAUACCUCGUCAUCGCCGACGCCCUGGAUGAUCUCGCGCAGAAAAUCGCCUCCUUCAAGCUCGACGCACACUCGCCUCUCUGCUUCAGUGCGAAGUACGAUGCCCUCGCCACUACACUGCUAUGCCACAGCGACGUGUUAAAGUCUCACCCAAGUCGACAUGUCGAGAUCGCUGCGUCUAUCGAUCUGAUGCAAUUGCGACUCGGUCGACUUACCAUGAAGCUUGAUAGGGAUAAUGACUUUGCGCUGAAGAUGGAUGCGCUGGCGAGUCGGAUGGAGACUUCGUGGAUGCCGAGUGAUGGGAUGGAUGGGAUGGAGUUAGCCAUUAAGGAGCAUUUGCAUCGGGUUUGGUGGGAGCUGAAUCUCAAGGUUCCAGGCUGUGAAUGUGGGAAUGGUGAGAAGGAUGAGAAGAGGGCUCUUGAUUGGUGA